AUUGCUGGAGCUGCGCCCGUGCGACAUAACGAUUGUGUUUUGUUGUGCUCCAGAUUUUAACGCCCGUUCGAUUUUGACUAUUGAAGAAACAAGUCAAAACAAGUGCACCGUAUCCCUCAAGCAAUUUAAAAAGUAUAGCCAAGUUCAUGUUUUUCUGGUAUCAUAAUUAUGAUAUAACACUGCAAUGCGCUAAAAGACACGAUGGAAGGAAUACAUCACCUUUUGUUGGAAGGUGCAGUGAAAGUUGAACUGGAGCUGCAAGACGACCAUCUGGGUGAAUAUAUGAAUUCAGCUGGUUUGCAAGGAAAUUUACCAUUUCCGGGGAACUGUGAACCACACUUUUUGGCACCUUCUGUCAUUAAACAGGAGGCGCGAGAAGCUGCAGAAGCAGCGAGGAAGGAAAGAUUUGCAAAGAUCCUAAGUUCAGAUCCUAGUGAGGAGAAAACAUUUUUGCUGGUUGGAAAUACUUUUGCAGGCUCAUGUCGUGUUAUAUUAUUGCCAAUAUUGUCUACAAACAUUUGUGAGAAAGUAUAUGCUGUUGUAGCCUUGGUACAUAUUAAUGCAAUGGCUGUGGGAACAUCAGACAAAUCGGAUAGACAAGUGGGCGCGUCAACUGGUGAGGAAUUCCUCUCACCGAGUGAACAAGCGAUGCGUCGGUGGAGUGCUAGUGGUAUCACGACUAGCAACCAGACGUCAGCCACGCAAGACACUGAUGACAUCUCGGUUGUGUCUGAUGAAGGUCCGGAAGAGGUUGAAGGAACAAAGCUAUCUCACCCAGGUCCCUUGCACUUCUGUGACCAAUGUGGGCGUUCAUUCAUGCGAGCAGCCAAUUUGGCAUCUCAUGCACGCGUGCACACUUGGAAGAACCGUUCGCAACAGCACUCGAAGUCGGUGAACCAGCAGCCCCCUCCACCAGCGCCCAAGCAGCAGCAGCAGCAGCAACAACAACAACAGCAGCAGCAGCAGCAGCAGCAGCAGCAGCAGCAACAGCAGCAACAACAGCAGCAGCAGCAGCAGCAACAGCAGCCGCAACAGCAGCAGCAACCGGUGCAAGUGGUGCCAACCAAGGAGAAACCCCAUGGCUGCCCGACGUGCGGCAAGACGUUUGCGGUCUCUUGGAACCUGAAGUCCCACAUGCAGAUCCACACGGGUGAGCGACCCUACAGCUGCGAGCAGUGCGGCGCUGCCUUCGUGCGCUCCUCCCACCUCGUCGUCCACAGGCGCAUCCACACAGGUCGGUACUUUGCUCGGCGCACUCACUCGAGGUGCACAGUACGUACAGGGUGUCCGCUAUAUACGGUACGCGAAUCUUCUGAAAUUGCGUUAUUUGAUGUUAGGGAAGAAAACAAAGUUCGUUAGUUUUGAAGCAAACCUCUUGAGAGUUCACACUUUGGUGCCCACUCUUUAAUGAGUAAUUGUGUUCUUUGUAGUUUGAUGUCUAAGCAGUAUUUUAUGAACAAUUUUUUAUAAAUUUAGCCAAAGUUGGUGGUUAGCUUUUUGCUCUUUCCAAGCUCGUUUGUGUUCCUGAAAAUUUGGCAUAAUAUUUCUACCAAGCUAUUUCUAUAAAGAAGAAUUAAUAUUGAAUUAAAUGUUGAUUUUAUGAUCGUUAUUCACACCUGUUCAAUCGUUAGAAUUAAGGGUUGCCCCUGAUUAUGCUCUGAGGGACAAUUUGGAAUUUAUGUGAUGGAUUGCUACAUGAUGUAUUCAUUUCAGUUCUUGGAAUGUUUUGAAACAGGCUGAAAAAGAUAUCCUUAUGACCAAAA